AUGAACGUCACACCAUUGGAUGAACUACAAUGGAAAUCUCCGGAAUGGAUCCAGGUUUUUGGUCUAAGAACCGAAAAUGUUCUGGAUUAUUUUGCGGAAUCGCCAUUCUUCGACAAGACGUCGAAUAACCAGGUGAUCAAAAUGCAAAGACAAUUUUCUCAGUUGAAUGACCCUAAUGUCAGUGUAAAUAUGUCACAGAAUAUAAUGAAUCUAUCGGAUGGAAAGAAUGGGAACGUGGAAGACGAAUUUGCCUACGUGGAUCCGGCAAGAAAACAAAUUCUCUUCAAGUACCCUAUGUAUAGGCAACUAGAGGAAGAAUUGAUGAAAUUGGGUGGCACAGAGUACGUGCUGAGUAGCGUAAGAGAGCCCGACUUUUGGACUAUCAAGAAACAAAAACGAGUAAACGAGACUGGUGCGGGGAGCUCCAGGGGACCGAAGAUCAUCCCACUACAAGACUAUUACAUAAUUGGUGCCAACGUCUACCAAUCACCAACCAUUUUCAAAAUCGUACAGAGUAGACUGAUGUCCACGAGCUAUCAUCUUAGCAGCACACUGGAAAGCCUGUACGACCUAAUCGAGUUUCAACCUUCCCAGGGCGUACACUACAAAGUUCCCAUAGACACCAGCACUAUCGCGACUGCUGCCACCAAUGGCAAUAAUGCCAAUGGAGGCAGCAAUAAAAACAGCGUACGACCCACCGGUGGCGCCAACAUUACUACUAUUCCCUCCACUACGAACGUCAACAUGACCGUCAACACUGUGGGCACGGGGGGGCAGACCAUAGACAAUGGUGCCGGUCGGGCCAGUAAUGGCAACACGGGUAUCACUACGGAAAUGCUGGACAAGCUGAUGGUCACAAGCAUCAGAUCCACCCCCAACUACAUAUGA